AUGAAGCUAGUCGAGUAUCGCAACCCUAUCGUGCCAGGGUUCUCACCAGACCCAUCUGUUGUUUUUGUUGAUGGCGUCUUUUAUCUUGCCAAUUCGUCCUUCCACGUCUUCCCGGGAAUUCCUAUCUACGCAUCGCGAGACCUAAAGACAUGGACACAUAUUGGCAAUGCUAUCAACCGGCCAGAACAGCUCAGCCUUGAUGGAGCUAGCACGGCCAAGAUGCCCCUUGACACUGGACAUUUCAUGUAUGCGUCAGGGGGCCUCUUUGCCCCAACAAUUCGUUAUCACCAAGGAAAAUUCUACGUUAUCUGCACCAACUUCCCGGCGUUUGGACCGUCUGCAAAGGCACAGAACUUCAUCAUCACCUGCACAGAUAUCUGGGCUGGCAACUGGAGUGACCCAGUCUACAUCCCUUUCUAUGGCAUCGACCCAAGUCUUUACUUCGAGGAUGACGGCCGUGUUUACUUUCAAGGAUGCUAUUCCGUUGGUAACCGAAUGAAGCAGCCCACCUGCACCAUCAAACAGUUUGAGAUUGACGUCGAAACUGGAAAGCAGCUCUCAGAAGAGCGGGAGAUUUGGGGAGGCCAUGCAAAAUACGACACUGAAGGGCCGCAUAUCUACAAGAUUGGCAAGUGGUACUAUUUGCUGGUAGCAGAGGGUGGAACAUUUGAACAUCACAUGCUUUCAAUUGGCAGGUCCGAAAGCAUCUGGGGGCCGUACGAGGAUUACGCACAAAACCCCAUCAUGACCGCAGAUGGCAAAGAUGAGUACAUUCAAAAUCUGGGCCAUGGCGAACUAUUCCAGGACGGCGAGGGUCGGUGGUGGGUGAGUGGGCUGGGCGUCCGGAACGAGAACGAAGGCGAGCCCCUUGGUAAGGACAACUUUGUGGCACCUCUUGGAAGAGAGAGCUUCCUGGCUCCUGUCGAGUGGCCUGAAGGGGGCUGGCCAAAGAUCACCCAGCCCACCAUAAAGUUCCUGGCAAAACCUGUCAAGGUUCCGGAGGGACUUGCAGAAAUUGUUGCUCCCCGCAACGUGAGCAACCUUUAUAUCCGAACGCCCGACCUUUCCAAGUACCGAAUUCCCGAGGAUGAUGUCAGCCCCUGGGUUCUAUACCCCAGCCGCACCAAUCUCUCGACCCCAUCCGGCACCUCGACGUUUGUUGGUCGAAGACAAAUGUCUUUGAACUCUGUUUCAACUGCGACUCUUGAUAUCUCGAAGCUGGAAAAGGGGGUUGAAGCAGGAUUGACUGUGUACAAGGAUCACCCUCGACACGUCUCUAUCAUUUACAACUCGGAUUCUCGAAAGAUCGCAUGUCGGGCUGUAAGCAUGGAUAUCGACAACGUGUUGCUUGGUGAGACCUCUGUCAACUCCGAGGUUUCCCAGGUGCAGUUUCAGAUCGUUGCAGACCCCAAGAAGUGGACUUUCUUUGCUCGGGGUGGUGAGCAAGAGUGGACUCAGGUUGGAACUCUGGAGGCUUGGAAGUUUGUUGCUCGGGAGAUGACUGGUCCCAUCUUUGGUAUCUUUGCUCAUGAUUUGAGAGUUUACUGUGGACGAUAA